AUCUCACCUCUUCUUUCUUUUCUUCCAUAGAUUUUGUUAAAACCAUAAUAUGAGGUCUUUCACUUUUCUCUUGUUUUUUGCUACUAUAGUAGCCCUGGCAUUGGCCUCUAAUAAUGUCGAAGAUAAGGUCAUAAGCCAAGUGGUAGAAAUUCACCGUCUAAGGCCACAGACUGGUUCUGCUGGUUAUACCGUCCCACAAUUGGACUGUCUUAGUUGGCGUCUCGCCGUGGAGACUAACAACCUCCAAAACUGGAAAUUGGUGCCUAAAGAGUGUACAAACUAUGUAGGUCACUACAUGUUGGGCAAACAAUAUCGCCACGAUUGUGAGUAUGUAGCCAAGCAGGCUAUUGAGUAUGCCAAAGGCCUCAAACUUAGCGAUGAUGGAAAGGACGUUUGGGUAUUUGAUAUUGAUGAGACCACUCUCUCAAAUGCUCCUUACUACGCUCGAUCCGACGUUGCUUUCGGGGCUAAACCGUACAACCAUACAAAGUUUAAUUUGUGGGUCGCGGAGGGAAGAGCCCCAGCUAUUCCUUCGAUACUGGGUGUAUACAAGACUGUGUUGUCUCUAGGGAUCAAGCCUGUUUUCAUUACUGGGACUCGAGAGAAUUUUAGACAAGUAAGGAUUGUCAAUCUCAAGAAUGUUGGUUAUAGCAACUGGGAAAAGCUUAUACUAAAGGUAGAAAAUGAUACGGGAUCAGCAGCGCAAUUUAAAUCGAGCAAGAGAACAGAAUUGGUGAAGGCUGGAUAUAGAAUUGUUGGUAAUAUUGGUGAUCAAUGGAGUGAUCUGAUUGGAGAAAACGUUGGAGCUCGGACUUUCAAAGUCCCUGACCCUAUGUACUACAUUGGUUGAUCUAAUUAUAGACACCUUAUCGAUCGUAUUCUCUUUCUUCUUAUCUAUUUUAAGCAUGCUAAUUAACAAAGGGGGUAACUUUUUUAUUUUGACAUGUGAGAUGAUGGUAUAAGCUCACUCUUCCACUAUCAUGUAUCGUCUUUUGACUUUUGCUCCCUUUGCUAUAAUAACCCUUUGCUAUAAUAACGGCUUAGUAAUUGCUUCAA